GGUUGACGCUGCUGACGCCGCUCCUCCGCCAUCUUCAACUUCCCAUUGUUUGCAUCAGACUGAGGCUGUCUGCGGUGUGUGUGUGUGUGAGAGCGGACUCGGGCAGCAGUUCAUAAUAAAAUACUAGAUAGAGCCUUUACGUUCGCGGUCGCCCAAGUUCAGCAUAAGCUAUUUGUAUGUCAAGGGAUUAAACUCUUCUCAGGACGCGACCACUGAACCAUGAUGAUGGACGACGAUCAACCCAAAACCUUGUAUGUGGGGAACCUGUCCAGGGAUGUCACUGAGCCCCUCAUUCUGCAGGUUUUCACACAGAUUGGACCCUGCAAGAGCUGUAAAAUGAUAGUUGAUACGGCUGGAAAUGAUCCAUACUGCUUUGUCGAGUUCUAUGAACACAGGCAUGCUGCUGCCUCAUUGGCAGCCAUGAACGGACGGAAAAUAAUGGGUAAGGAGGUCAAAGUCAACUGGGCCACAACGCCAACCAGCCAGAAAAAAGACACAAGUAAUCACUUCCAUGUCUUUGUCGGAGACCUCAGCCCAGAUACCACAGAAGACGUCAAAGCUGCCUUCGGUCCAUUUGGCAGGAUAUCGGAUGCCCGUGUUGUGAAAGAUAUGGCUACAGGGAAAUCUAAAGGCUAUGGCUUUGUGUCUUUCUUCAACAAGUGGGAUGCAGAGAACGCCAUUCAGCAGAUGGGGGGUCAGUGGUUAGGAGGCAGACAGAUCCGAACUAACUGGGCCACAAGAAAGCCCCCUGCCCCAAAGACCACCUAUGAAAAUAACUCCAAGCACCUAUCCUUUGAUGAAGUAGUGAACCAGUCCAGCCCCAGUAACUGCACCGUGUACUGUGGUGGAGUCAGCACAGGACUGACAGAACAACUGAUGAGACAGACCUUCUCCCCGUUUGGACAAAUCAUGGAAAUCAGAGUUUUCCCAGACAAAGGCUACUCUUUCGUGAGGUUUAACUCCCAUGAGUCAGCAGCUCAUGCCAUUGUGUCAGUGAAUGGCACCUCACUAGAGGGCCACAUAGUCAAAUGUUACUGGGGCAAGGAGACGCCAGACAUGAUGAACCCCAUGCAGCAGAUGCCCAUGCCGCAGCAGAACAAGAUGGGCUUUGCUGCGGCCCAGCCCUACGGCCAGUGGGGUCAGUGGUACGGCAAUGGGCCCCAGAUUGGCCAGUAUGUCCCCAACGGCUGGCAGGUCCCCACCUAUGGCGUCUACGGCCAGGCCUGGAAUCAGCAGGGCUUCAAUCACUUACCGGCCAGUGCUGGGUGGACUGGCGUGAGCGCCAUCAGUAACGGUGGGGUUAUGGAGCCUACGCAGGGAUUGAAUGGGAGUAUGCUAGCCAACCAGCCCGGUAUGGGAGCCGCAGGAUACCCCACACACUGAUAAGGGGGUGGGGUGGGAGAUUUGUCAACCGUCAGCCUUUUAAUGGCUGUAAGGUGCCCCGCGGGGCUGUGUAACACCGCCUCCAUUUGCGGCAGGACUAAGACUUUUACUGGGACGUGGAACCUAAUGGGGAGGUUGACAUCGAUAGAAGAUGUAAAUGGGAUUUCAUGGGGGGUUGAGGUAAGGGGAGCCAGGGAGGAGCAAUUUGACCCACACAGGUAUUUACACCCUUUGUGGUAGGCAAGACUGGCCACGAACCAGUGCUCUUACCAUUUUUAAGUUAACUGUAAAUGAAUAUAAAACUGUAAAGGAGAAACUUUUGGAUUUGCGCUUUUUUUUUUUUUUUUUUUUUUUUUUUUUUGGUUUACAUUUGACUCAAAUAGCUUCCAUUUUCACAUCUCCCCUCUUGGACACUCAACGAGGGGUUGUCGUUUUUUAAAGAUGAGAAACUGUUUCAGUCUGAAUCAUGUGCUAAGUUAUGAAUCUUAGUUAUUGUUUGAGGAAUGGAAAUCAGUUUAAUUUUUUCUCAUUUUCUCUUGGAUUAAAACCAAUUGCAGGGAUUGUUGCCACUGCUGUUUCUCUGUAAGGGCAGAUAAAUAUUGCACAGUUUUUCCUCUCUUGUACUUGGACGAAUUUGAUUACCAAGAGUGUUUUUCUUUUUGCAUUCCAUUUCUCCUUCACAUCUUUCGGACAGCCUCAAAUCUUUUCUCCACGUGUAAAUAACCAUGCAUUCAUUUGAAACAAUGUAAGUAAAAUGCUACUGUUAACUGUGGGUGCUUGCUUUCUUUAUUUUUUUUUUUUUGUUUUGAUAACUCAACAGUUAACUCCAACAUUGUACGUAGCAGAGUGGCACUAUCAAAUGUGACACUGGCACAGUGCAACACGUGAUUCUUCCAUGCAGGGACAAGACAGCAUUGCCAUGCAGUGCAAACUUAAAAGUUAACACAGUUCCAGAUGUUAAAGGGUGAACAUGUAUGACACUUCUGAUGGUUUUUUUUUUUUUUUUUUAAAUAUAUAUUGAAACGCCAGUAUUUUGUAUCACAGACCUGAGUGGAUUCAAACUUUACACUGUUGCCCUUUUUGCCAGAGUAAUGGGGAGGCCUACAUAAUUGUUGCCUUAUAGAGCUGGUUUCUUUUAGCUGACAUGAUCACUCUUUUAAUUAGGCAGUGCCUACGGACAUUUUCAGACCCUUUUGUUUAGAAAGGUGUUAGCCCUGAGAAUUGAUAAUGACUCUGCUACUGUAAUCAAUGUUUUCUUGCUUUGUCCAAUUAAAAUGCUGAUGCGCAUAAACCACA